AUGGCCCCCCUCUCCUCUGCCACCAUCACCGCCCCUUCCUUGGCCGCGCCGGCCGCCCGCGCCGUCGCCAGGAGGUCCUUCACCGUGCGCGCCUCUCUCGGCAAGGCCGCCGGCACGGCUGCCGUGGCCGUGGCCGCCAGCGCCCUGCUUGCCGGCGGCGCCAUGGCCCAGGAGGUGCUGCUGGGCGCAAACGGAGGCGUGCUCGUCUUCGAGCCCAGCGAGUUCACCGUCAAGGCCGGCGACACCAUCACCUUCAAGAACAACGCCGGGUACCCGCACAACGUCGUCUUCGACGAGGACGAGGUGCCCAGCGGCGUCGACGCCACCAAGAUCUCGCAGGAGGAGUACCUCAACGCGCCAGGCGAGACCUACUCCGUCACCCUCACCGUGCCGGGCACCUACGCCUUCUACUGCGAGCCGCACCAAGGGGCCGGAAUGGUCGGCAAGGUCACCGUCAACUAA